UAUAUUAUCGGCUUAUUUCAUUUUUACAUUAUUUACAUGGAGAUAAAACGCAAGUUUUUAAACAUUGAGUGUUAUCAGGACUCUAAAGAAGAAAUUUGUUAAAUAGACGUUUAUUUAUUUUAACGUUAAUAUAGACGCUGAGGAAUUUAUCUAAGUAACUAAUAACAGAAUGACAGUUUGAAUGAACACUAUGGAAGCAUUCCAGGCAACUCUUAAGAAGCAUCGUUCAAGUUUUGAAGUUUUAGAAAACCUCCCAGUUAAUAAGGAAGAUAUUAGAAAAAUAAAAGACAAACUUCUAAAAGAGCUUAAGUCUGAAGAAUAUAACACAGACAUAGAAUAUCAUAGAACAAAGAAUUUGAUUUCUUUCUUGUGUUUUGUUCUCAAAGACUUUCAAGAAGCAGAUAAAUACGCCAAAGAAGUAUUGGAAAGCAACGCCGACAACAUAGUUGCUCUCUCAAAUAAAGUAUGGUUCUCCAUAAGAAAUUGCAGCAUGAACCAGCAGUGUAAAGAUAACUUAAAGAAACUGCAAUCACUAAAGAAGAAUAACAUUGCAUGUUUAGUCGCCAAAGCUGAUAUAGCGUUUACGUACUCACGCAUUGGUAUUAAAGGAUACGACAAAGCUAAACGCUUGUAUAAGGACAUCAUUGAUGAGUGCGAUGGAAUUACUGGAAAUGAAACAAAAGUGGACCGCAAACUUUCAACUGAUUACUUCUCUGUUUGGAUGUUUGGUUAUGCGCUUGUCGAGAAAAGAAUGUUAAAUCUUAGUAAUUCAUUUAAUGAGGAUGAACUUGACCUUUCUCUAGACAACUAUCGGCGUGUGAUAAAACUUUACUGUCGUAUUAUUAGUCUAAGACAAAAAGAUUCCAGCAUAUGUGUCAAAAGAUUCCAGGCUAGGUCAUAUGCUGAUGUGGGUUUACUUGUUUACAACGUAAGGAAGACUUCACCACGUGCCGUACUGGAAAUACAUUUAGAUAACGCAGAUCUUCCAAAACAACCAGAAGAAUACAUCAGAACUGCUUUGGAUAUUUUCCCAAAUGAUAUCUACGUUCUUGAAAAGAGUGGGCAAUAUUAUAGAUAUGCUCGAAACAAUGCACUUUCGAUAAAAUACCUGACAAAAGCAGUUGAAACUAAAGGCACCUCUCAUGCGCAUCAUCAUCUUGCCCUAUCUUUAAAGCGGAAACUUGACAUUGAUGUAGGAAAUAUUGUUUAUGAACCAAUGGAGGGACAGGGGAAAAGAUCAGCAAGGAAAAUGUUGCCUGUAAAGUCACCACUUUAUCUUAAAUCUAUCGAUUAUACGGAGAAUAAAGAUGUAGCUGACAUGAUACUUCAGUACUUAGAUAAGUCAGUUGAAAUAGCAUUUAACACAGGAGCAAUGUAUGACAAAGGCUUAUUUUACAGGCAGCUUGGGAUGACUGGAAAAGCCCUUGAAUCAUUUGAAUAUAUAAUAAAAAAUGAAGAUGAACAUUCUUCGCGCAUGUACUUAGCUAAUGCUUAUGAACAGGCGGGCAUUUGUCUCCGCGAUAUGUUUAGAAAAAGGGUUAGAAGUGAUCUACGGAAAGACAUAGAACAAAAGAUGAAGAUGUAUUUGAAAAGUUCAAUAGAAAUUUCAUGUAGCUUUGUUGCAAACGUUCCAGCGCUAAAAAGUUGCUGGAAAUCCGCCUCAACAUUGGAAUCAAUCAUUGAAGAUAAAGAAGAUCUUCUUUUUCUGCAUGAAAAAAUGGACAGACACCAAGAGGCACUUGAAGUACUCAAAGAAUUAGAAGAAUUAGCACAGACUCAGGAUGAAUACGAUAAAAUAUUGAAAGAAAAAGUGAAUAAGUACAACACUUUAGGUUUGUACGAUGAUGCAGUCAUAGCUCUUAGCACGAUGCCAAAUGUGCUUGAUACAAUAGGUGAAGAAAUGUGCCUGCAAAUUUAUGUUAAAGCAGGAAUAGAUGCUUUGAAAAAGGGAUAUGACAGGACAGCACGAUAUCGUGUUCAGAGGGCCCUUGAAAUAAGAAAUAGAAAAAAGACAAAUGAAGCCAAUGCAAAGCCAAACGUUGCAUCAGUUGAAGAAAGAUAUGACGUUUUCAUAUUAUGUAAUACCGAAGACGAAGAGAAUGGUAAGAAACUGAUGGAUAUCAUGAUUCGAACGGGUGUGCGAACAACACUCAACACAGAUAGACUACUUCCGGGAACUUCUAUGACUUUGGGUAUGACACAAGAAAUGAAAAAGGCGAAUCAUUUUAUAAUUAUAUUUGAUUUUGACGCUGAUGAUAGAAGAGUAGCAAACCGUAUAACGCACUUAAUGGAACGGCUACAAUCAAUUGUUGAAGCUAGAGAACCAGGAUCAAGUUCUAUAAUAGUUAUAAAAGCAAUAACGUGUGAUAUGGUCCCUGACAUAUUUCUUGGUUACAAAACAAUCAACAUGGAACUUCAUACUGUCCCUGAGGACUUCACAAAGAAUGAAAAUGCUUGUAAAAGUGUGAAAGAAUUAAUAAUAGCCAUUUUGUCAAGUUCCUGAACUUUGAUGGAUUUAGAAAAAAACAUCCAGUUUAGAAGUACGUCAAUCAGGAGAGUUUAAACCGGCAGUUUGUUAACAAAUAAAAACACUAUUACGAAAAUAAACCGAAACAAGAAAGCAUUUUAAAAGCCUUUAUCUUAAGUUUCACAGAACAUUUGACUGACUUGAAGCCUAACAUUGAUCUAUAUAGCUUAUUAUAUACACAUCUGAUUCUUUAAGACAUAAUUAUGUUGUCGUUUCCACGUAAAUCAUAUUCCAGUUUUCAUUGAUUUCAUUGCGUUCUGUGUUUCCGAAGGGUCUUUACACAGAUUUAAUUAUAUAUCACAAUUUAAAUUUUCAAGUGCCGUGUGGCGGCUGCAAAAAUUCUCCCGGUACUUGUACUCCGUGUUGUUAUAUUUUCUAGGCCUUAGGGAUGGUGGAAAACACUUAAUUGUACGUUAAUAAUUGAAUACCAUCUAUACCGGUGCUAGGGUACCUGAGAGGUGUUGUACUUUUCAUUACCCUCUAAAAACAGCCUCAAUAAAACGAGCAUGCUAUUAUGUUUCUUGGGUUCGUUUAAUGCUUCCACAGGACCUUUACACAGAUUUAUUAAAGAAAAACGUCUGCACAAUUGUUGUAAAUUAUAAAGGAUAUUUAAUUUAUAUCUUUCCUAAAUUUCUUCAUAAUUUGUGAAAAGAAUCUGUUUGACACAUAAUUAUACAUAUUUUCAAAUCAUGCAAGAAUAUCGAUAUCGAGGAAAUUUUAGUUUUUAUAUAUACGAGUGGUUUAAGUUGUCAUAAUCUUCAAGUUUUAAACGUUUUUAUUUUAAAUUUAUCAACACAAGUAUAUUGAAAGAAAUGACAAGCGUACAGGUAUACGAUGUAGGAUAACUGAUAUCACUUCGAAAUGGCACACUAUAAAAGGUAUAAGUUGAUAAAUAUGUUUUAUUUAUCAAGUUGGAAAAUAACUUGAUUAAAAUCUUUCAUGCUGUUAACGUUUGUUUGCUAGCGGUCGUAUGCAGUUCUUUAUGAAAUACAUUUGAUUAUAUAAUGUUCUAAUUCAGAUUGAAGUGACAUAUUUAGACAUAUAAGACAAGCAAGUUUGACAAACGUUUGGCAGAUAUAUUAAGAGACAAUAAAUUAUUAUUACAUUAACUAUUGUAGUUGUUAAACGUACGUCAUAUUAUCAUCAAUUACACGAACUAUAGACAGAGAACCUCCAAUUUUUAAAGAUAGAAACACAUACUGGGUGCCUACCAGUCACCGGACAGGAAUAUAUACCGGACAAACGUAAUUACGGUUUAAUUUCGAUUAUAUCGCUGUAAUCGACUAAUCAGAAACAUAAAGCAAUUUGUUUUGACCGUCAUAUAUCAGCAUUGACCUGACAAUAACG